UCACAGAAAUUGCAUCCGUGUUAGAAUCCGAGACCCAGUCACCAGUUUCCAAAGCAAUUGAUAUAUAGCUGACUCUUAACCUUGAUUAUAUUUCAUUGUCAUUCAUCCUUCUGACCGAUCGCCUUCCCUUCAGCUCGAUCCCGUCCGCCCAUCCCAAAAAAUGCCUCCCGCCGCCAUCGAUACGACCUCCCAACUCACAUCGGCUGGAGUCUCCAGCGCAUUAUCGAAGACCGCACAUUCCUUGACCAAUGGCGCCAAUGGCGUGUCUGGCGUUCAGCUUGCCGAGUUAGAUGCCUCGCGAAUAACAUCAACAUACACCGCAUCGCCUCGACCCGUACCCGUUCCUGGAAGUCCGGAAAUUGCCGCUCAAAACAUAUGUACGGACCAUAUGAUCACGGCCAAAUGGACGGUGAAAGAAGGAUGGCAUGCUCCCGCUCUCCAACCAUAUGGUCCGUUGAGCCUGAUGCCGACCGCUUCUUGCCUCCACUACGCCACCGAAUGCUUUGAAGGGUUGAAGCUUUAUCGCGGAUAUGACGGGAAGCUGCGGCUGUUCCGAGCGAAUCUGAACGCAGCACGAAUGCUGAAUUCAGCAACGCGGAUUGCCCUGCCUGCAUUUGCUCCGACCGAGUUGUUGAAGCUCAUCAUGAAACUAUGUGCGACGGACGGACCGAAGUGGUUACCGAAAGACGAACCGGGGUCGUUCCUCUAUCUCAGACCGACGAUGAUCGCUUCAGAUCCAGCACUCGGAGUGCAGAGGCCGAACGAAGCUCUUUUAUACGUUAUAUUAACGUGCUUUCCUCGACUCGAUGCCCCGACUAUCGGCGCCGACGGAAGCCCUCAGGGUAUGAAACUUCUUGCAAGCGGAGACGAUACGAUUCGCGCCUGGCCCGGUGGAUUCGGACAUGCGAAAGUCGGAGCGAACUACGGUCCCUCGCUUGUUGCGCAAGGAGAGGCUCGCAAGGCGGGAUAUAACCAGAUUCUGUGGCUGUUCGGCGACAACUGCGAAGUCACGGAAGCCGGUGCGUCGAACUUCUUCGUGGUUUGGAGAACUCGAUCUGGAGCCACAGAACUGGUGACUGCGCCAUUGGAUCGCAAAAUCAUCCUAGACGGAGUCACUCGCCGAUCGGUUCUGCAAUUGGUCAGGGAAAGGUUGAGCGAGUCCACCGAGAAUGUUCAAGGACUGGAUAUCGUGGAACGGAAUAUCCAGAUGGACGAAAUUGUGCAAGCCGCCGGAGACGGGAGGCUGCUUGAAGCGUUCGCGGCUGGUACCGCCUUCUUCAUCUCACCUGUUCAGGAAAUUCAUUUCCGGGGGACGGACAUACGUGUGCCGAUGACCGCAGGCGAAGCAGGCCCGUACACCAAGCAGAUCAAGACUUGGCUUUCAGAUAUUAUGUAUGGAAAAGAACACCAUGAAUGGGGUAUCGUGGUGGAAGAGCAAAGCUAAGAACCCUCUGUCCUAUGUAUCUGGGGGUAUAUGGCGCAUUUGUGGGAAUGAAAGGACGAAUUGGAAAUGAAUGAUGA